UCUAUCAAUUAAAGGACGAGCAAACUGCUCAGUAGUUCGUUCUAUUCUAUUUUACGGCUGCGGAACGCGGCUGUUAAAGGUAGAGGAUACUCGUAAGGUGCUAUUAUUUGAUCACAGAUGUCUUGGAAAUAUUGCUCGCAUCUGCUGGGAUCACUGGGUAAUAGUGAGGUCAGACUCAGGGUAUUAGGGAGUGAUGGUUAGUCAGUUGAUGAGGUUGUGAAUCUUUAUCGACUGAGAUGGUUGAGCCACGUGUUACGGAUGCCUGAACACCGAUUACCACGACGUAUAAUGCUGACUAGUAUUGGGGAUGGUUGGAAGAAAGUUAGGGUCGGCCAAACAAAAACGUGGCAUCAAUGCUUGAAGUCACUAAGUUGUGUUCUGAGCCAUGUUGGUAGAUGCAAACUACUUGGUUGUGGUCCGUGUGACUAUUGUAUCGAAUGGUAGGAGACUGUGAGUGACAUGGCUGAGGAUUGUUCACAAUGGUAUAGGUGUGUACAUCCUUUGUCUUCCCUUAAACCGUGAAACUAAAAUUGCUUUAUACCUUUAUUUCUACGAACUAAUUAUUUCUUCCUGUAUUGUAUCCUUAUACUAUCUUUUAUAUAUUAGUACCAUUUAAGUAACUGCUUCGAUGAAUUUUUUGUUCAUCUUGUUGUGCUAAUGAGGUAUGUAAACUUAGACCGAUGUACUCAUGUGACUGGUCGUAAGUUGUAGCUGACUGAAUGAAGAUCAGUGGAUCUGUGUUGGACAUAUCUCCUAGGAAAUGAAAUCAAGUCUUUUUGUUUAAAGCUAUUUGGCGAUUGUGUAGUUUGUCGCUCAUCUUUCCUGUGGGGUCGUUUUCAGGAGAUGGUUUCCGGAAUUUAUAAUGCUCACUAAGUAAUGUAUUUAACUUUUCUAUAUAGACUAGUUUAUUGACGAGGAGUACGGAUCCCAUGUUUUUGAUAAUGGUUGAGUUUUCACUUUUUUAGUUUAAGGUUCUUUGUGUUUUUGUUUUUAAAAACCUACAAAAGUCGACUUAAUCCUUUAGUGACCCUCUUAGUCGGUGUGGUUGACCAAAAAACAAUAUAUGAUUAACGUUAAUGUGAUAUGAAUUUGCAAUUAUAGAGCGAAGUCGGUAGAUACUGGACAAUAAAUACAUUCGAUUGUUGUAACAGAGCAUUGAUUAGGAUAAUGAUUGAGGUACCAACUGAGAUUUGAAUAAUAGGUUGUGUGACGGCGACUAGGGAUUGAGAACAAAAGUACGUAAGGCAGCACGUGUAUCAAGUGAGCAGUAAUCGUUAUAUUAUUCAGAUGAUGAUGACGUUCUACAUAAUACCCGGGACAAUAUUUUGUAUUGAAUAACCAUAAUUGUACAAUUAAAGCGAAAUCAUGAGAGAUUUGGUCUACAUUAACAGUUUCUACAUAGCUUUCUCUUUGAGUUUCCAGAUGGAACACUGAUACAAACAUUAUAUAUCGUUUUGCGCGGAAUCCUUAUAAAUUGGCAAUGACCGUACUGGGUCUAGAUAAAAUUCUUUUAAGGAGUUUCGCUCCAUGGGAACCUUUAUUUCUGAAAGAUACUAAAGUUGUUGUGGACGCUGACGACUUAGUUGGUUUUCUACAUGAUAAAUUUUCUACAGGACUGUAUGGUGGUGAGAAUCUUUCUUUUUACAUGGUGGUACGUUCGUUCUUUUUGAAUUUGCAAUGUUCGAAUGUGGAGCCGUACUUCAUUCUAAGGGGUUGCUGUGACAUGAAAAAUCAAAAAUUAAAGCAUAAACAGAAGAAAGAAUUUAACGUGUUAUCACAACUUAUUACAGCCGUAAAAUUAAAUGCACUUGAUAAAAUCCCCAAAGUACUCAAUUUAUCAGCUAGGGAUGUAUUUUUGUAUGCUUUAAAUGAAUUCCCAUGGAAGUGUAUUAGAGUUAAAUCUUUUCCUACAACUGUUUGUACCGCUAUUGCUAUAAUUUUACAAUGUCCAGUUAUUGGUUUAUCAUCUGAUUAUUAUAUACUUAUGUCAAAGAGACAAAAUAUUCUUAAUAGUUUGAUUUCUCAACCAUAUUCGAGUCCGACAUUUCUUACACUUCAUUUGGCCAAUCUAAAUUUGAGUGGUUCUAGUAAAAGUAGUGGUGAAAAAGAAAUGUUGUUUCACAAAUUUAUUCCUAAACUUUCAAUUUUAGCGAGAUCUUCAGAUUUUCACUUGCCUCUUUUAGCUGUGUUAGUUGGUACAGAUGUUGUGUCUAAUGUAAGACUUCCAUUAGAAUUACAAGAAAAAUUACAAACAAACAAUUCGACAAUGAAUUACUCACAACAUCGAUUAUCUGUACUCCUUGAAUGGUUUUCACAGUUCGAUUCAAAUUCAAUUAAACCAUUAGAAGAUGUUAUUAACUGUUAUCCAGUUGAACAGCGCACUUCUAUAAUAAACGAUAUGAUACACGGCAUUUCUCGUUUUGUUUGCCCUCUAGAAGAAACUAAAAGUGUUAUGAGUCUAUUGAGUGAUAAAAGUUACUUUAAUGAUACUUCAACAAAUACAUCUACAACUAUUAAAUCAUCAUUCAGAUCUAGUGGAAGUGUUGAGGAUGUGAUUAAUUCACUAAAAGGUACCAUUGUAGCAUACUUAUGGCAUGAAGACUACACAAAUGGGUGGCCUCCUCGUCUUCUUUACAAUUUCAGGAAGGGAAUAUUAUUUUCAAAACCAUCUAUUUAUUCAUCUCGAGGUGUUUUUCUUCUCACCGCAGUUGAAGAUCCAAAAUGCCCAUUCUCAGUGCAUGAAGCGUCAUUCUUAAUUCGAAGACUACACUAUCAAAUUUAUGUGUCAUUGGAACGCAGUUUAAGUAUGGAAAAUAAACUUGUCGGAUUAAAUCCUGAUGUUAUUGAAUAUAUGAGACAAAAUGAUAAAUUAGUGAUGUAUCAAAUCCCAGUCAAAUAUAUUCCUUUAGAUUUCAACAAAGUUAGCACAGAUGAAGUUAUUAAAGAAAAUCUGGGUUUCGUCAAACUACCGGAAAACAAUUUAAUCCCUAAGUUACUUUACAGUUUAGCAGUAGUCUUAUCAUUUUGGUUUCAACAAUUAAAGUAUACCUCUAUUGAGAUCCCUUCUGUGUUUAGUGAGUCGUCUGUUGGACUUGCUGUAGCUUCUUGUGCUGUCGCAAAUAUAUACAACGAUGGUUCGUCUAUUAGUGAAUUAUGUGAAUUUUAUAAUAAUCUAAGCAGAAUGCCUGAUCAGUUGUCGAUUUCAGGUAGCAAUUCUACUAAUUUCAGAAUUGAUAUUGUACACAGCUUUAAUGCUAUACAGUCAACUUUUAACAGUUUUAAAGAUUUGGUUACAACUCUCAACUGUCUUGUGCUAGAGAAUAAACAGUCAAAUUAUUUCACUUUUGGACAGUCUUGGAUACUGUUUCCCUCUGGAAAGCUGGUACAUUUUUUAGCUACUCAGUUAGCUUCUUUAGAGCCCUGUGGUAGACGUUAUUCAGUCAUAAGAGUAUGGCUUCCGAAACUUCUCUUUAUUAAACAAAGAAAUCCCGACGCAACAUCUAGGCUGACCAAAGCGAUAAAUACUUUGAUCACUUUUAUUGAUCUUUGUGAUAUGAUUAAAAUUAGUCUUCCAUCAUCUUUAGAUUCAUUUUAUAGCAUCCAUGAAUUAGAAAGCAAUUAUGUCCGUGAAACGAUGCAUACGGUUCCUAACCUAUGUGAUCGAAACAAUACGAAUCUAGUUAAUAAACCAAGUAAUUCAACAUUUAAUGUAAUAUUUCCUCGUGGCUGUCGAGAAAGAAGAGAAAACAGAACGAGUAACAAAAGGAUUUAUAACAAACCUUCAGCUGAAAAUAUUGUGCAUUGUGCUCAAGUACGUUGUCUUUUCCAAAGUAAUUUCCAUUCAACAUAUGGAAAAACCUAGAACAGCGACUUACAAAUCAUCUAGAAACAAUCUGUUAAGAAUAUUUUAGAAAUCCUAAUCCUGUUCACAUGUUACAAGUUGUAGUACACUGAUUUUUAAUUAAGUAAGUACAUUCUUUUUUGUGUUUGGAUCAUUAACAGAUGUAUCCAUACUAUCGAAAAACAGAAUAUCUCUAUUUUUUACCUCAUACUUUUCUAAUCUUCAUUUAUUAUGUAUUCAUGAGUCCAUUUGACCGCUAUACCUGUUGCUCUUUUUAUAUCUAAUUUCAUAUAUAUCAAAUAUGAUUUUUUUCAAAGAAUUUAAUUUAAUGCUAUUUCCUAUCUUCA